AUGAGGAUUGGAUCGAUUGACGUCGGAGACCUGAAUGGCGACGGGUCCCCUGAUGUCGUCGUAGCCUUUCAGACUACCUUCCAGUUGACGUGGUUUAGCAAUCUCGACGGCCUGGGCGAAUUUUCGGUUGGCACUGACAUCGAUACAUAUGAAGACGGGGAUCAGUCACGAUCUGUCAAGGUGGCGGAUCUCGACGGGGAUGGGGACUUGGACGUGAUUAUGGCAUCGAAACAAGGCGAUCGAGUCACGUGGUACGAAAACACCGACGGGGAGGCGACGUUUGCGCUCGGCGUUGAUAUCUCGACGACCGCCGACGGUGCUAUCACGCUGGCUUUGGCGGACUUGGACGGCGACGACGACCUCGACGUCAUUUCGGCGUCCGUUUUCAGCGGCUUGGCGUGGUACGAGAACUCGAACGGGAGUGGGGCGUUUUCUCUUGGCGUGAGUUUGGAACCGGCCGACGACCCUGCUGGUGGCAAGGACGUCGUUACGGCGGACAUCGACGGAGACGGAGACAUGGACAUCAUCUCAGCGUCAUUCGACGGCAACCACACCGCCGGCAACUUCCCCGACGGCCGCAUUCUCUGGCUCGAGAACGACGGCUUGGGAAGCUUCGCGGAGGGGAGGGACGUCGGCUUGCUCGAUUCUGCGAGGAACGUGGUGGCCGUGGACCUAGACAACGACGGGGAUAUCGAUCUGUUGGCCUGCGAAAACGUCGGGGGGCACAUCGUGUGGUACGAGAACACGGAUGGGACGGGGAAUUUCUCUGAGGCCAUCGCCAUCGCCAUUGACAUUGGGGUACAUUCGUUGAUCGCUGUUGACCUCGACGGUGACGGCGACAUCGAUAUAGCGACCGCAACGCGGGACGACGCCGAGGUGGUCUGGUACGAGAACCUCCUGAUAGAAAUCGAUGAUGACGAUGGCGGCAGCGAUGCUACAGGAACGACAGCCACGCCGGCGCCGACUCCGGCCGUAACCCCGUCUCCGGAUGACGUCACAACCGAUCCAGCUGCAGACACCGGCGACAGCGACAACGACAGCGCCGAAGACCUUUGGACGAACGAGAUGUUGAUCGCGGUAGUGUCGACGGUGGCGAGCGCGAUGUUUCUGGGCUUGGUUAAGAUUCUCUGGGACAGAAGACCUAGGCUGGCGGUCAUUGAGGCGCCCGUGGGAUAUCCGAAUAGAAGUAUUUGUCAGAAUUGUCCAGAGCCCGUUGGGUAGAUGUGGUACACUUGCGCGGAUAAAUCGGUGUACAGUAGCGGCCGCACUAGAGCACCUAUAGUUUUGGGCAAGGCUGGGGUCCUUGGUUCAUAGGGUUAGGCUACAAUUUUUCCGCUACAGCAUAGGGUAGGGGUUAUCAACCUGUCUCACAGGUGUAUAACUUCUGAAUGGUAUGUAGGUAUGUCUUAAUUAGUUUUGGGGCAUGUAGCUGUUCACUGCGAUGUUGUCGAGUGGGAGCGCUGUUCUACGGGGGAGGGGAGGGCGUGCACGCAUACGGGGUUUCUUGUAAAAGUAGCAAUAGAGAAGCGGGUUCGAAAGUCCGUUCGCUCGUUCCCUCCGGUGAUUGGUUGCUUGCUGUGAGUAUGGUUAAAUAGACUGAUCCGCGCCGAAAAAAAUCCCGGACAUUUGUCAAGAGGAUUUCUUCGUGGUGACGUGAAAUUGUGCAGGUAACGUUGCUUGUUUCGUGUUCCUCUUCUUACAGCCCGUUUCUCGUUGAAUCGAGAGGUAGGGUUAGGGUUUAGGGUCGGGGUCUCUGACGCGUAUACGGUAAGAGAUGGCGCAAGUAGUUGCACGAUGAUGAACAGAAUGUUCACGACGAACGCCCUCCAACGUAUGUUGUAGGGGUUUGGAAGAUUGUUGUCUUAGUUUCAUUCAGCGAAGUUCCAUUGUUUGUGUCGUCUAGACCAACAGACAAAGACGGGUGAUGAGACUCGUUCUGAAUCCGACGGCGCUUUCAUGAAUCGUUUUGGUUGCUCAGCCGUGGCUUCGAAAAGGGCUGCAUCGUUUUCCCCGCGGGCCUGCUUGUAGCCGUGUUAGGGAACGAAUUUAGGAAAACACCGAGUAUUCCUUAUGAGGGCAUGGAUGGGGAGAAGUGUUUUUUGGGUUGUUUUGAGUUUUCCUGUUCGCCGAAGCAGACAGAGACAGCAGCUUGACUAUUUAUUCAAGGGGUUCAAACCACGGUAAGGCUAAAUAGAGCAACGCCAUGUUUGCGCGAUGGAGAAAUAUCGCCUGCUCAAUUCACGAUUUGUUUUGUAGCAAGGUUCCUUCUGAUCUCUGCCGAACAGCAUAUCUCUGCCGAGGAUGUUUGCCCUACAGGGUCAUUUUUGUUUUGCCGUCAGGUAGAAGACUUGAAUGAAAUAUAUGUGCUCUUUUGGCGUCACACCCCAGGUAGGAUGGUGAUGACACCACUUACUGUAGUACUUUAUUCUUUGCGCGGCGACAAGAUGUGCGUCCAGCCAGUACCGCCUACCUACCUAUCUAUGGCAUGGGCAAUUUCCUUCAGAACUUUAACUUUGCCCUCCUUUUUCUUGUGGGUCGCUGUUGAAAGGGGGCCUGUGGUUGCUGUUGUAAAGGUCUGUUGUGUACUGGGGACUUUUGUGAUGUGAACCAUACACGUGUAUGAUGUGAGACUCGUCAAGAACUUUGCGUGAACGUGAAGAAGAUGCUGGUGUGGGAACUGUAACUGUUUCGGUGAUGGGAUCGUGAAGGGGAGCCAUUGCUAUGGGAUUGGAGGCGCCUAUCGUGUCUCCGAAACCAGCGCGUUUCUUUUCUCGAAGGAAAGGGUUGUUUGUGUGUGUUCAGAUCGUUCUGAGAAAUGUGCGGGGAGAGGGACAACCAUGGCAGUGAUUGUAAAAUAUUUACCGAUUGACGUCCUGUUUCGGCCGUACACCUUUGACGGUAGCAGCCGCAGCAGCAGCGAAUCGGCACGAAAUAUUGCACCGUGUGUAACGACGCGAGCUCAUCAAGAAGUCAGCGGCCAGUAAGGGGGCAGUGGUGCCAGAAAGGGCAAGGUGCUUACUGAGCGGGGCGCAUUUCGUGUUUUAAGCUGUUCGUUCGGAUAGCGGCCU